UAUUUUGUCUCCGCCCCUCGUUUGUGUUUCCAUCGCCGCCAUUAAAAACAGAAACCAUGUAAACCAGUGAGUGAUUGGGGUCAACAACAACACCGUUCUUCGAGAUUCUUCGAGAUUCCUCGGAUUCGUGGGUUAUAUGUCGCACAGCCAGUCAUGUGAACGCGUAAAGGAGCGGAUGUAACCUGGGCUGGAUGCGUAAGAGAGCAGACAGCUGCAGGUUUGUUGUGGUCUGAACUGCAGCCAGCAGCAUAACCACCUGCCCAUCUGGAAGGAUCCGCCAUGACAGAACAGAGAAUGAAGUGGGACUGCGACUACUGCACCUAUGAGAACUGGCCCUCUGCAAUCAAGUGCACCAUGUGUCACGCACAGAGGACCAGUGGUCCUAUCAUCACAGAGGAAUCCCACAUUGGCAGCCCCAGUGUGGACCCAGCUGUGGGCUGGGGCCCCCCCAGAACUGAGAUCUGUAGUAGCAGUGGUGGUGGUGGUGGUGGUGGAGGUGGUAGCCUUCUCAUCUGCCCAGACUCCAGUGCCAGGCCCCGCGUCAGACCCACCAGCACCACCGAGACCACCAACAAGUGGUCGUGUCAGGUGUGCACCUACUUGAACUGGCCCCGGGCUAUCCGCUGCACGCAGUGUUUGACCCAGCGUCGCAGGGCCUCCACCCCCCAGAUCUUGGACUCCAACGCGGGCUGCCACUCGAUCUCGAUACUGCAGCCCCCCACCCUGGACCCCUGCGAGGAGUACAACGACCGCAACCGACGCCACACCAGACAGUCGCACUGGACUUGCGCGACGUGCACGUACCAGAACUGGCCCAAGACCCUCAAGUGUCUGGGCUGCGACCAGCCCAGGCCCAACAACCUGGAGUCGAUACAGCGCUGUGAGGCGGACGAGACGCCGGCCAUCAUCAACGAGCAGGACGAGACCACGUGGAGGCUGGGGGGGGACAGCGGGGGCAGCCAGGGGCAGAGGCGGCCCCCCCCUCCCUCCCCGCGAUGGGAGGCCGAGGUCAGCACGGACUUCCAGAGGAUAGAGCUGGCGGCGGGUGGCGGGAGCAGGCGGGACGAGCGGGAGGUGGACUUCAAGAAGCAGAAGCAGCUCAGGAACCGCAUCAGGAAAACCGACUGGCGGUUUCUCAACGCGUGCGCCGGCGUGGUGGAGGGCGACCUGGCGGCGGUGGAGGCCUACAAGGCGUCCGGCGGGGACAUCGCCCGGCAGCUGACGGCCGACGAGGUCCGCCUCCUGAACCGCUCGUCGGCCUUCGGCGCCGGCUUCACGCUGGUGCACCUCGCCAUCCGCUUCCAGAGGCAGGACAUGCUGGCCGUGCUGCUCACCGAGGUGAGCCAGCAUGCGGCCAAAUGCAUCCCGCCCAUGGUGUGUCCCGAGCUGACGGAGCAGAUCCGCCGGGAGAUCGCCUCCUCCCUGCACCAGCGCAAGGGAGACUUCGCCUGCUACUUCCUGUCCGAGCUGGUCACCUUCACGCUGCCUGCAGACAUCGAGGACCUGCCCCCCGCCGUGCAGGAGAAGCUGUUUGAUGAGGUGCUGGACCGAGACGUGCAGAAAGAGCUGGAGGAGGAGUCGCCGGUCAUCAACUGGUCGCUGGAGCUCAGCACGCGCCUGGACAGCCGUCUGUACGCCCUGUGGAACCGCUCGGCCGGGGACUGCCUGCUGGACUCUGUGCUGCAGGCCACCUGGGGCAUCUACGACAAGGACUCGGUGCUGCGCAAGACGCUGCACGACUGCCUGCACGACUGCUCCCACUGGUUCUACACGCGCUGGAAGGAGUGGGAGUCGUGGUACUCCCAGAGCUUCGGGCUCCACUUCUCCCUGCAGGAGGAGCAGUGGCAGGAGGACUGGGCCUUCAUCCUCUCCCUGGCCAGCCAGCCAGGGGCCAGCCUCGAGCAGACGCACAUCUUCGUCCUGGCCCACAUCCUGCGACGGCCCAUCAUCGUGUACGGCAUCAAGUACUACAAGAGCUUCCGCGGGGAAACGCUGGGCUACACCCGCUUCCAAGGUGUGUACCUGCCGCUGCUGUGGGAGCAGUCAUUCUGCUGGAAGAGCCCCAUCGCGCUGGGCUACACGCGGGGCCACUUCUCCGCCCUGGUGGCCGCCGAGAACGACGGCUACGACAACCGCGGCGCCGGCGCCAACUUGGACACGGACGACGACGUCACCGUCACCUUCCUGCCGCUGGUGGACAGCGACAGGAAGCUGCUGCACGUCCACUUCCUGUCGGCGCAAGAGAUGGGCAACGAGGAGCAGCAGGAGAAGCUGCUGCGGCAGUGGCUGGACUGCUGCGUGACGGAGGGCGGGCUGCUGGCCGCGCUGCAGAAGAGCUCCCGCCGCCGCAGCCCGCCGCUCGUCACCCAGAUGGUGGAGCGCUGGCUGGACCGCUACCGCCACGCCCACCCCCGCACCCCCCUCUCCGACGGGGAGGACGAGGACGACGAGGACGAGUGAGGGGCCCGGAUAGAGAGGGAGGGGGGGGGGGGGGGGGGGGGGGGGGGGGGAGAGAGGGAGAUGGAGGGAGAGAGAUAAGCUGUCAUAACGGAAAACCAGGAGAGAGGCGACGAGGACGACGAGUGUUUUCCAGAGACCUGCUGCCGGUGUUUGGCUCCUCCCAGCCGUACCCCCCCCUCCCCAUGUGGGUCGGCUCCCGGCCGUACCCCUCCCCCCCCCCCCCCCCCGCCGCACCACCCCCUCCUCUGUGGGGGUCUCCACGAGCACUAAGGAGACGGAGAGAUCGAGGACUUGCGUAAAGGACUGGCCACUCCCACCUCCUGCCACGUCAACAGAGACAGCUGCUUAGUGGUGGGGCGGUGGGGGUGAUGGGGAUGGGGGUGGUGGGGAUGGGGGUGAUGUUGGGGGGGGGGGGGGGAUUGGGGGGUGAUGGGGUCGGCGGAACUCCAUGAGACUUGAAACUGUUGCCGGGUAAAGACGGAGUGGCUUUCGUUUUUUUUUUUUUGUUGUUUUUUU